AUGAGGCUCUCGUUAUCAUUGCAGUGCUGGCUCAUAUGCCUGUUCGCUUGGAGAAUAGCCGCCGACAACAAGUCCCAACCUAUUUCCAUCUUUCGAUCGAGACCUGAUUUGUUUGCGCCCAUCCUCAGCGUCUUUCAGAGACAGCCUGAGAAACUUGCACCGGGUUAUUACUUUGUCGCACCGUAUCAAGCAGCCCAGGAAGGCAUCCACAUAUACGACAAUGAUGCGAAUUUAAUAUAUUCCGGCUUUGGCAGUGCUGGACCUGGUGUCUCUCACGCGCCACAGACAUGCAUGUACAAAGGCGAGGUCCAUCUAUGCUUCUAUCAAGGCGUGCAAAUGCUCGGGUGGGGCCACGGUCACGGUCUCAUCAUGGACAAACAUUAUCGCAUCGUCAGGUCCAUUGAGCCGGGGAGUUACCAGGCCUCGUCCGACAUGCAUGAAUUCCGGGUCAUCAAUGAUGGGAAGCAGGCGCUCAUGACCCAGUACCUCCGCAGCGUCUACGACAUGUGUCCCUGGAAUCUUUGCGAUGGUCUCGGUUACAUCCAGCAGGGGGCGUUUCAGGAAGUCGACGUCGACACGGGAGAAGUCCUGUUCGAAUGGCACAGUCUUGACCAUGUCGACCCCAGCGAGAGUUGGGUGGAACCGAGUUCCACCGAGAUCAGCGGCACUGGCGAACACCCCAACAGUCCCUGGGAUUAUUUCCAUAUCAACUCGAUCGACAAGAACCAGGACGGCGACUACCUCAUAUCGGCCCGCCACACCUCGGCAGUGUAUAAGUUGUCGGGAGUCGACGGCCACGUCAUCUGGCGGCUGAACGGAGCCAAAUCGGAUUACGCACUCGACAAGUUUCAGUUCUCGUCUCAGCAUGACGCGCGGUUUAUUUCCGACAAUGAGACGCACACGGUCAUCUCCUUGUUCGACAACGGCUCCAACGGCUACAACCAGACCCAGCCGCACUCGACGGGCCAGAUCAUUGUGCUGGACCACCAAACCAAGGUGGCGACGUGUAUCUUGAACCUCGAUCCGCCGUUCGUCGACGGACACGCCCACAUCUCCAAGUCACAGGGCAACAUGCAGAUUCUCCCCAAUGGUGGCAUCUUGAUGGGCUGGGGCAACGACGCCUUCUGGACCGAGUACGCGCCCGAGUCGUACGAGAUCAUCUUCUACGGGGCCCUGGCGUGGACCAACACGAUGAACUACCGGGUGCACAAAUUCGACAACUGGGUGGGCAUGCCGCUGACCAAGCCAGCCCUGUGGACGUACUCGAAGGAAGGGCGGGAAAUGAUGCUCUACGCCUCGUGGAACGGCGCGACCGAGGUGAAGUCGUGGCGCUUCUACGGCGGUGAAAACAAGCAAGGGCCGUGGGAGGAAAUCACCAACGUUCCCAAGAACGGGUUCGAAACCAUCUACCGGCACGACGAGGUGUACACGUACUCGUACGCCGAGGCGCUCGACGCGCACGGCCAGGUGCUGGGCACAUCGGCCGUGCAAGCCAUCUUCACGCCCAACGAGCAACUGCGCGAGUACUGCGACGACGUGGCGUGCCGGUUCAUGCCGUCGCCGGAGCAGCGCAAGAAAGAGCAAGCGGCGAAGCACGAACAGGAAGACGAGGAGGACAAGCUCCGGCAAGAGCAAGAAGAGCAGGAGAAGCUCGAGACCCAGCGGCAGCGGGCGGAGCGGAUCAAGAACGCCGAGGUGUUUGGCGCCACGUUUGGCGGCCUGGCCGUCUUCAUCAUCUUGGUGAUUGUGCUCGCGACGAGGAACUUUGUCUCCCGCCCCGUCCACGUCCUGGCCCACAACGUGUACCGGGCCGUGAAGAGGAAAGGGGGAAGAGGCAGAGACGUGGGCGCCGGAGCCGGAUACAAGGCUCUGUCGCUGGAGGAGCAGGACGGGGACAGGGACGGGGACAGGACGCCGAUGAUUACAGACCCGUCAUGA